UGAGUAAAAUUGAAUAAGAGUUGAUAACAAGAAAUUAGAGAAUAAAAUAAACUUUGAUAAAACAGAUGGUAAUUAUUAGUAGAAUAUAAAUAAGACAGAUGGAAAAUAAGUUUAAUUUUGAAUAUGCAGCGAAUAGUAAUAUUUUUGAAAGAUACUAAUUUAGAAGUAAGAAUCAAUUAAAAUAUAAAACAGUGAAUUGUAAAAUAUUUGAAUGAUCUAAAAAGAAUAUUUAAAAAAAUAAAAAAUGAUAAUGAAUAGAUUGUAAUACUUUAAAUAAUUUUUGAUGAAACACAUUAAAGAAAUACAAUUAUAAAUUUAAUUAAAACAGAUGGUAAUAAUUAAUCCUAUUAAGAAUCUAACAUUUGAAUAUCUAUUACUUACUUAUUUAUAAAGAAAGGUAUAAUACUUUGAAAGAUUUAAUAACAAAAGAGCAAGAUUAAAGAGCGUUUAUAAAAAUAUUAGAAGUGAUGAGGCACAUAAUAUCUGUUUGUUAGAUUCAGGCAACACAGUUUAAGAAAUCAGAAAUGCACUUUUUUUUAUAUUUAUUUUCUUGUUUCUUAAAUAAAAUAAUAGGUUGAACUAUUAUUAAUAAAUAUUAAAAAUAAUAUAAAUUUGUGAAAUAGAUUUUUAUGUUUUCUAUAUUAAUUGUAGCUUCAACUUUUAAUUUAAUCUUUUUUUUUUAAACAUGAAAAAAAAAACAACUGUUAAAAUUUUAUUUUUAAAUAUUUUUUAUUAACUGGUUAAAUAAGUUAACUUAAUAAACAAUUAUAUUUACUUAUUUUUAAUUUAAUUGAAGUGUUGA